GAAGUAACAUCAGAGGUUUCAUAACGCCCCUGACGCAGACUUUGUUACUGCCCUGGUGAAAAAUACAGCUGAGUCUAACAGGUUACUAGGUGGUAAAACACAGGUUGAGCUGGUCAAACCAGUGCACAAUCUUUGCCAUCCUGUGUUUUGGCAGCUGGUAGCUGGUCAGAAUGAGCUGGAUUUUUUUUAGCAGGGCACUUAUAUCAAUAAGUGCACUGGCACUAUAGUACCCACCAUAUGGAACUGGCAAUACCUAAACCAGAAGCCCUGGAUGAAUAGCCAAGACCAAUGCAUGUUGCAUGCUCGCUCCCUUGCAUUUAGAUCAGGAAAUGAGGUGGAUUAAAAAAACAGCAAAGUACAGACUGAGGAAAACCAAACACACUAAGCAGCAAUACACGCAGAAGCUGGAAAGCUACUACUCCUGAUGCCAGAUGCAUGUGGCAGCAGAUCAGACUAUACCUGGAGUAAGACUUAUGGUCCCGUGAUGACAGUGUAUUUGGGAUCCCAGAGAGCCCUUGUCCUGGUGGGUUAUAACACAGUGAAAGAAGCCCUUGUUGACAACGCAGAUGAUUUUGUUGGCAGAGCCGCUGUUCCUUUCAUACAGAGAAUUCUGAAAGGCUAUGGCGUUGCUUUCAGUAAUGGAGAGCGUUGGCGUCAGCUCAGGAGAUUCACACUCUCUACACUGAGAGACUUUGGAAUGGGACGCAAGAGGAUGGAGGGGUGGAUACAGGAAGAGAGCAGACACUUGCUGGACACCAUCAAAGACACAAAUUCUGCUCCAUUUGAGCCCAGGUUCUACCUGAGCAGAGCUGUGUCCAACAUCAUCUGUGCUCUGGUGUUUAGCCAACGCUUCAGUUAUGAAGAUAUCCACUUCCUGCGUCUGCUUCAAAUCAUCAGUGAAAUACUGCGGUUUGGCAGCAGCCCAUCCGGACAGUUUUAUAAUGUCUUUCCAUGGCUGGGUGAGCGACUUCCUGGGAAGCAUUUAAAACUUUUUAAAGAUGUGGAUGAAAUCAAGGCAUUUUGUAGAAGCAAAGUGCAAGAGCACAAGGACAGUUUGGACCUCGACAACCCACGAGACUUCAUUGACUGCUUCCUCAUCCAACUUAACCAGGAAAAGGACAAUCCCAGUACCGAGUUUCACUAUGAAAAUUUGGUAGCCAGUGUCUUAAACUUAUUCCUGGCUGGGACUGAGACCACUAGCACUACUAUCAGAUAUGCUCUGAUGCUACUGAUCAAACACCCUGAAAUACAGACUCACAUGCAGGAAGAGAUUGACACUGUGAUUGGACAAGAGAGAAACCCUUCAGUGGAAGACAGGAAGUCCCUCCCAUUUACGGAUGCAGUAAUCCAUGAAGUGCAACGAUAUAUUGAUCUUGUGCCGCUCAAUGUUCCUCAUUACACCACACAUCAAAUUACAUUCAGAGGCUACACAAUUCCAAAGGACACAGUAAUAUUCCCCUUGCUUCACUCUGUUCUGAGGGAUAAUGAACACUGGGAGAAUCCCUGGACAUUUGACCCAAAACACUUUUUGGACACAAAUGGCAACUUUAAAAAGAAUCCUGCUUUCCUGCCCUUUUCUGCAGGUAAGAGGUCCUGCGUGGGUGAGUCUCUGGCACGCAUGGAACUGUUUAUUUUCCUAGUGUCUCUGCUGCAACGUUUCACCUUUACCACACCUGGAGGACCUGAGAGCAUUGACACCACUCCUGAAAUCAGUGGCUUUGCCAACCUGCCCCGCAAAUACCAGCUCAUUGCCACCCCUCGCUGAAUUGGACAUUACUGCAGGCUAAGAGUGCGCACAUUCUAGUAUUACUAGUACAAACAUAAUCGCCAGACUGCAUCUCAUCAAAUUUUUUUAUUCUGCUCGCCUCUCCAGUGCAUAAUAAGAUAAUGGAAGGUACACUAUAUGGCCAAAAGUAUGUGGGCACCUGACCCUCACACUCUUAUGUAGGCUUUAUGCUCACUGGUGCCACAAACUUUGAAGCACACUGUUGGAUAGGAUGUCUCAGUAUGCUGUAGCAUUUAAAAUUUCCCUUCACUGUGGAGCUAAGGGACCCAAACCUGUUCCAGCAUGACAAUGCCCUUGUGCACAAAGCCAGCUCCAUGAAGAAAAGGUCUACCAAGUUUGGUAUGGAAGAACUUGAAUAUCCUGUACAGAGCCCUGACCUCAUCCCCACGGAAUACACUUGGGAUGAAUUGGAACAGCAAAGCCUGACUGCACUAGUGCUCUUGUGGCAGAAUGGGCAAAUCCACAGCCACACUCCAAAAUCUAGUUGAAGUCUUUUCCAGAAUACUGGAGGUUAGUAUAACAGCCAAGGGGGACAAAAUCUGGAAUAGGAUUUUCAACAAGCACAUAUGGGUGUGAUUGUUCAGGUAUCUACAUAAUUUUGGUCAUAUGGUGUGCACUGUCAUAAAGAAGGCCAUAAUUUCCAGUGAACGAUUUACCUGAUAUGAGAGUAAAUUUAAAGGAAGAGGUUCUUUUAAAGCAUUUCAAGAUGUGCAAUCAUUAAAAAAUUUUAGAGAUUGUGGUUAUAUUUGUUAUACCACAAUACUGUUAAGGCAAGUCAAUUUAUUUGUAUAAUGCUUUUAACAAUGGACAUUGUCACAAACCACCUUGACAGAAUAAUAGACAUUAUGAACUAAUAAUUUUAUCCCUAAGAGUUUAUCCCUUAUCAGCUUAUGCUUAGGCUUGUUCCUAAUUCCUUCAGAUUCCUUGAAUUGUUGAAUGAUAUGUACUGUGGAGGGGGAAAUAUCUAAAUCCUGUCAUAUCUUUCUUUGAGGAACAUUGUUUUUAAACAUUUCAAAAAUGUUCUUGUGCAUUUGUUGACUAACAUGGAGAUCCUCAGCCAAUCGUUGCUCCUCAAACACUAGGCCUUUCCUGGAUACUGAUUUAGUACCAAAUGAUGAUUACAGUCACCUGUUGAGAUCACCCGUUUCAAAUCACGUCAUUAUUUGUUUUACCUCAUUAGCCCCAUUCCAACUUUUUUUUGAAAGUGUCGCAGACCUGAAAUGCAGGAGGUAUAUUAACAAAUGAAAUUAAGUUGACCAGACAGAACAUGAAAUAUCUUUGGGUUCAUACUGUCUGCAAUGAAAGACAAGUCAAAGUAAAUUUAGAAAUCACUGCUUUCUCGAUUUUAUUUGCAUUUUCCAUACUGUCUCAGCUUUUUCAGAUUUGGGGUAGUAUUUUAAGUGCAUAUAUUGGGUUAAAAUGAUUAAAAUAUAAUGACAAAAGUGCUGAAAAUUCUGUUAAUUUCUUCAAAAUAUAUAUAUGAGAGAGGGAGGGAGGGAGGUCCGUCUCAGAAACUGGUCUCUCAUUUGAGACAUUAUGGUCAAAAAAUAAAUUUUCUAAUUUGUUUUUUUGCAUUUACCUAACACUCAAUGUUUUUCUUUUGUCAUGUUUAAUAAGAAUAAAGAUAGCAUCCUGCUUUA